CAAGUAAAUCUUAAUGCCUGGCAGCCGUUGACGGGCCACAACAAUUGGCUCAUCCUGCAGGCAACGGCAGCAACAUCGAUACAACAGCGACAACAGCGACAAGAGGAGCAGCAACAUCGACUUCCUGUCAAUUACUACGCCUACAAUCAUCGCUAUAAUCCAAGGUCGACACCCACAAAUGAUGCUGCCGCCAACAACGGAAAUUACAAACAGGUGCGACCAAAUCUAAACGAUAGUCCCAGCUACGUGUUAGCAAUAAGCCAGACGAUGCGUGCUGCUGAUGUGGAAAGAAGCACAGACGGAGAAGGAGAACAUUUGUCAGCUUUAAAGGAUGUCCAGGAUGUGGAUAUGCAUCUCAAGUCGGAAGUGCGCGAUGCCAACGACUUUGCGGCAUUAACUAACACUGUUGACACUGUUGCUGGUGGCAUUGAAAAGCCGUCAACUCCAGUCCUGCAUAUUGCCAACUAUUUGGCACCCAUUGAGCAAGCUGUGCUGAAGGUGCGCAACUUUUGCGACACUUUGCGUAGUCUCAUCAGCGUGGAAGGCGACGACGUGGAGACCGAAGACGGGGAAGAGGUGGAGCAGCAAACAAGAAGAACAAGCAUUUCAGCAACAUCAAAGGAAGUUCAAGGACGCUACAGUCGUCUGGCGAUUACCUAUCAAGGUCGCAAACUUAAAAAGAUUAAAAAGAAAAUACAGAAAUUGCUAUUGCCAUUGCUCAUUGCCUACAAACUGAAGUUUCUGACACUGAUUCCAGUGUUGAUUGGCGGUCUGACCCUUUUGGUGGGCACCACCGGCUUGGCCGGAUUCUUCUUUGCUCUGUUCACGGCUGUGAUGAGUCUGAAGACCUCAUCUGGUGGUCAUGGCAGCAAAACGCUGGUAUUGAAGAAAAUUUAAGACACAAUGCCAACAUUUACUUUGAGAUUUAGUUGGCAACUUGGCUUGG